UACCUUCGGCUUCGGCAAUUUUAGUUUAAUUAUGGUUUUGGUUAGAUUUGAAGACGGAUGUGAUAAAGUAGAAUUAGGUAUCUGCAUCUAAUGGUGUAAGCACGUGUGUAAUUAAAAUUGUACGUUUGUGUUGUGUUCGAAGAUUGAUUGUUAUUUAAGAACCAAAGUAAGUACCUACCUACCUACUUUAGCUGGAUUGGAUAUAUAAUUUAAUCAUUAAAUUCUAGAAUGUUACUUACGUUACUUUCGUAAAACUUGUACGUCUUCAGUUCAGCUCAUUUUCAUUAUUAGUCUGAUCUGAUUCUAUAUCAAUUUUGUUGUUCUUCAAGUUCUUGUGUGAAGUAUGUCGAAUAAUACCAAAAUUGCGGAAAGUGAAUUAUCCAGCAGUCAUUCAAUGAUCGAUAGAAAAACUUGUGUUUACGUUUGGACAAUCCACUCAUAUCACAUGGACGAAAAUUAUGCAUCUUCAACUUUCGCAGGUGCUUGCGAUGAUUUCAAAUGGUGGUUGGAACUUUUUAGGAGUGAAAACGACGAGAUUAUUGUCAGUCUAAGUCCUGAUCGCAACAAAAAUUCAGAUAAGUGUAGCCCUUUGUCUGGAAACUUGAAGAUUACAUUGUCGAAUAAUGACGGUACAUGGUACCGUUCCAGCGAAGCUUCAUUCCAGUUUGAAUUGAAUAAAACGGACCCAUUCUUUGAACUGGAUAUUUGCGAUGGGAAGGAACUGAAGAAUGGACUGGGAUGCUCAAAUAGGAUAUUUGUUUGGUGCCACGUAGAAUACGGGUACAUGAAAAAACCCGCCAGUCUUUUCGAGUUGACGAGCCUUUCGCGUGAUUUCGAACGGAUUCGCACGGCUGAAGAUCUCAGCGAUGUGACCAUCUCAGUUAAUGGUAAAAAUUAUCCGGUUCAUAAAGUGAUCUUAGCGGCGCGCAGUUCGGUUUUCAAUGCCAUGUUCAGAAAUGAUAUGCAAGAAAACCAGAAAAAUCACAUUAUGAUCACAGAUAUGGAACAAGAAGCAUUCGAAGAAAUGUUACACUACAUUUACACUGGAGAAAUGCGAAGGUUAGACGAAUGGGCCUUCGAAUUACUCCCAGCCGCGGAUAAAUACGAUCUUGAAGAACUGAAAAAAGGGUGUGAAGGAAUUUUGAUCACAAAAUUAUCUGCGGAGAAUGUAGGCAAGAUUUUAGUACUGGCAGAUAUGCAUAAUGCUGAGGAAUUAAAAGCGAGUGCUCUGCGAUUCAUCAAAGUGAAUUAUUCCAAUUGUGGCGAUUUUGAGAAUACAGAGAUAUGGAAAAUAUUGACCGAAUCUCGUCCUAGUUUGAUGAAAGAUAUGUUAGCUGUGGUUUUUGAAAAAUAGGUAAAAUGUUGUUUGAAUUUU